AUGACUCACCAAUAUCCAGCACUCAGUCCGGAGCAGAAGAAGGAGUUGUCUGACAUUGCCCAGCAGAUUGUAGCUGAAGGGAAGGGAAUCCUGGCGGCUGAUGAGUCUGUGGGGAGUAUGGCUAAGCGUCUCAGUGGCAUUGGCGUGGAGAACACGGAAGAGAAUAGACGCCUGUACCGUCAGAUUCUCUUCAAAGGUGAUGAGCGUAUGCAAGAGUGUAUUGGCGGUGUUAUCUUCUUCCAUGAGACCAUGUACCAACAAGGAGACUGUGGCACCAAUUUUGUCAAAAUGAUAAAGGAUAAAGGCAUUGUUGUAGGAAUUAAGGUGGAUAAAGGGGUUGUUCCUCUUGCUGGUACCGAUGGUGAAACCACAACUCAAGGUUUGGAUGGCUUGUCAGAGCGUUGUGCUCAAUACAAGAAGGAUGGUGCUGACUUUGCAAAGUGGAGAUGCGUACUGAAAAUUAGUGAGCACACUCCCUCUUCACUGUCCAUCAUGGAGAAUGCCAAUGUCCUAGCUCGCUAUGCAAGCAUUUGCCAGCAGAAUGGUAUUGUUCCCAUUGUGGAGCCAGAGAUUCUUCCUGAUGGAGAUCAUGACUUGAAACGCUGUCAGUACGUCACUGAGAAGGUUCUAGCUGCAGUCUACAAGGCUCUAAGUGACCAUCAUAUUUAUCUGGAGGGCACACUACUGAAACCAAACAUGGUAACUGCUGGCCAUGCCUGCCCCAAAAAGUACACUGCUGAGGAGAUUGCAAUGGCAACUGUGACUGCACUUCGCCGCACUGUGCCACCUGCUGUCCCAGGUGUUACUUUCUUGUCUGGCGGACAGAGUGAGGAGGAAGCCACUAUUAAUCUGAAUGCAAUCAACAACUGUCCUCUAGCAAGGCCUUGGGCUCUUACUUUCUCCUAUGGACGUGCUCUCCAGGCCUCAGCACUGAAUGCUUGGCGUGGCAAGAAGCAAAAUGAGCAUGCAGCUUCAGAGGAGUUCUUGAAACGUGCAGAGGUAAAUGGCCUAGCAGCCCGUGGAAAGUAUGAGCAGAGUGGUGAUGGAUCAGGGGCAGCUAGUCAGUCCCUGUACGUUGCUAACCAUGCCUAUUAA